CGGACGGUAAACACAGCUGUCACAUCGGGCCGCUAUUCUCGACGGAUCAAUACUGUUAUCAGAGCGUAGGUGUUGCGCGUAGUACACACACAACCGCGCUCCGAUGAGGUCGCUCGCGAUAACGUAAUCGGGAAAUGUGAAUGAUGCCGCUUCCCGAACUGUUGAAAAGGGCCUCGAGCUACUUCCUAGGACUGGAGUUCGAGGAUUAUUACGAAGAACUGCCAGAUUAUGUCGACAAUGAAAUAUUAUUCUGCAAAAACAACGUGUGCGUACAUCCUCCAACAAUCGCGAGGCAUGAGCUCGAUGUUAUCCACCAUCCAGGCUAUCUAACUGUCACUACCAAGGUAUUUACAGAUCAACAUAACAAUGCCAAACGACCCACGCUAUUCUUAAAUUGGAUACCUAAUUCUACGCUCAAGAAAUGCCCUUCAGCCGCAGAAACAAGUCCGAGCGAUGAGUUGGGACUGCGUAAAACUACCCAAGAAACAAAGCCACAGGAUUCAAAUAAAAAGAUAGAUUCUAACAACGAAAACGCAUUUUCAGACUCUUCGGAAACAACUAGUAUUAAUUCUAACUCCGACAAACAUAGUAUUAAGUCUAACGAUACGCGAUACACGCAUAACGAAACUACGCAAGACGAUUUGACAUCCAGCUCAAAACCUACGGUAAAGACCGUUGAUUCGGCCAAAGAUAGCGUUUUCGGGAGUUUUGAGAAAGAUGAAAACAAGGAGGAUGUGUUUAUGUUUGAUAAACACGUGAGGUCGCAGUCUAUGACGUCAGUCAACAUAACUAUUGCUAAUCCGACUGUCGAAAACAUCGAUUUGACUCCUGACUCGAUGUCUGGUGACAAGUUUAUAAGGUCGCUCUCCAUGAGUUCGUGUGAUGAAGGCAACCCCAAUUGGAUGAGCACUCCUGAAUUUCUAGCGUUGAAGCAUAACCUGGUGUUUCCUGAGAGUGUGCAGAGCUCACCGGUACCACAGAGACGCGCGCCGAUAAAAUGCCGAAGGUUCUCAGUGGAUCUGAGCCAGAUGCGGUCCCUGCGGCUGUUCUUCAACGAUGACAACUGCACAUGCGGGCAGCUGGUGGUCGCGUCCCGCGAGUCACAGUACAAGAUCUUGCAUUUUCAUCAUGGCGGGCUGGAUCACCUGGCGCAGGUGCUGCACCGGUGGCAUUCGUUGUUGCACAACAUCAGGCGGGCGCCGGGAUCAGAAGAGCCCAAUUUACCGUAUCGACAUUUCAUGGUCUGCCGUCCCGAAGUACAAAAAUCAGAGCAGCAUCCCGAAGAAGGAAAGAUACCGAAAAUUACACCGGAAAUAUUCUACGGGAAAGUCAUGAAUGGCAAGGGAUUGAUAGAAGAUGACUUGUUCCUAAGAAAAGGCGUUUUCUUUGGAGGUUUAGAUAAGGAGUUACGAAGAGAGGUUUGGCCGUUUUUGCUUCACUGUUACCCUUAUAAUACUACUUAUGACGAACGGGAAAUUAUUCUUCAGUUAAGGACUAGAGAAUAUGAAGAAAUUACUCGGAAAAGGCUGGAGAAGAUGACCCCGGAGCAAUACGCGCUGUUUUGGAAGAAUGUGCAGUGCGUAAUUGAGAAAGAUGUAGUGAGGACGGAUCGGGGGAAUCCAUUCUUUGCCGGCGAAAACAAUUAUAAUGUAGAGAUUAUGAAGAAUAUUUUGCUGAAUUAUGCUGUAUAUAAUCCUGUUUUAGGCUACACUCAAGGUAUGAGUGACUUGUUGGCGCCCGUGCUCUGCGAAAUCAAGUGCGAAGCGGAAGCCUUCUGGUGUUUCGUGGGGCUGAUGCAACGAGCCAUAUUCGUGUGCACACCUACGGACAAUGAUAUGGAUAUUAAUCUUAGUUACCUACGUGAAUUAAUAAGGAUAAUGUUACCACAUUUCUACAAGCACUUGGAAAAGCAUGUGGACGCAAUGGAGCUUCUCUUCUGUCACCGGUGGAUAUUAUUAUGUUUCAAGCGCGAAUUCACCGAAGCCGUGGCGCUCCGCAUGUGGGAGGCGUGCUGGGCGAACUAUCAGACGGACUACUUCCACCUGUUCCUCUGCCUGGCCAUCAUCGCGGUGUACGCCGAUGACGUCAUCGCGCAGGGCCUCAACACUGAUGAGAUGCUGUUGCACUUCAGUUCCUUAGCAAUGUACAUGGACGGGCAGCUGAUCCUCCGCAAAGCGCGCGGGCUCCUGCACCAGUUCCGUCAGCUGGUGCGCAUCCCCUGCUCGCUGGCGGGGCUGUGCCAGCGCUGCGGGCCCGGCAUCUGGGACUCGGCGCACCGGCCCAGCGUCGAGUGCAACGGCGCGCACGACUUCUGCAAAUACGCUGUACAGUAGCGCUCUU